AUGCACAAUGCGAACAUGUUAAAGUUGUUGUCUUCGCGGAGUGAUCACGAACACCACUUUAACCAUCACCAAGCAGCGGACGGUGGAGAUCGUGACAACAACAACGACGCUCGCCUGACGCUGGCGGCCAGCUGGUCGGCGAUGGCAGCCGAUCAAAAGUCCAAGUUCUCGCUGGCCGUGUCCCAGCACACGUCCGGCUACAAGCAGCAGCUGCAGGCGGCCCUCGACGAGGAUAAGCGACAGAUACAAGAGUCGCAGCAACAGCUACACCACCACCAGCAGCAGCAGCAGCACCAGCACCAGCAGCAACAGGCGGCUGCGGCAAUCGCCGCCACCGCCGCGGCACUGAGGACGCCCGUCAAGCGGCGCAUCCGGCGACGGGCCACGUCGUCCAGCGACCCGGCCGAGCAACUGACCGAGAUGUCGGUCCGCGGCCUGAACCUGUUCCGGUAUGCCACCGUGUCCGAAGGCAUCUACAAGUGUCUGGAAUGCGCCAAGACGGAUAUACUGAAGACGUUCAAGAACAAGUACAGCUUCCAGCGGCACGCGUUCCUCUAUCACGAGGGCCACCAGCGCAAGGUGUUCCCGUGCCCGGUGUGCGCCAAGGAGUUCUCGCGGCCCGACAAGAUGAAGAACCACAUGAAGACCGUACAUGAGUGCUACAUGCCAAAGGCCAUCGAAUUCCCACAGGUGCCGUUCCUAUUGCCGCCAUGA